AUGCUCGCCGCUGGGCGCAUAGCGCGCAUCUCGCGGCCAGCGCUAUGCGCCAGCGGAAUGCUCGCCGCUGGGCGCAUAGCGCGCAUCUCACGGCCAGCGCUAUGCGCCCAGCGGAAUGCUCGCCGCUGGGCGCGUAGCGCGCAUCUCGCGGCCAGCGCUAUGCGCCAAGCUAUGCGCAUUCCGCCUCUCUCGCGGCCAGCAAUGCGCUCAGCGGAUUUCUCACCGCUGGGCGCAUUGCGCCUCUCUCGCGGCCAGCAAUGCGCUCAGCGGAUUGCUCACCGCUGGGCGCAUUGCGCCUCUCUCGCGGCCAGCAAUGCGCUCAGCGGAUUGCUCACCGCUGGGCGCAUUGCGCCUCUCUCGCGGCCAGCAAUGCGCUCAGCGGAUUGCUCACCGCUGGGCGCAUUGCGCCUCUCUCGCGGCCAGCAAUGCGCUCAGCUGAUCGCUCACCGCUGGGCGCAUUGCGCCUCUCUCGCGGCCAGCAAUGCGCUCAGCGGAUCGCUCAGCGCUGGGCGCAUUGCGCCUCUCUCGCGGCCAGCAAUGCGCUCAGCGGAUCGCUCACCGCUGGGCGCAUUGCGCCUCUCUCGCGGCCUGCAAUGCGCUCAGCGGAUCGCUCACCGUUGGGCGCAUUGCGCCUCUCUCGCGGCCAGCAAUGCGCUCAGCGGAUUGCUCACCGCUGGGCGCAUUGCGCCUCUCUCGCGGCCAGCAAUGCGCUCAGCGGAUUGCUUACCGCUGGGCGCAUUGCGCCUCUCUCGCGGCCAGCAAUGCGCUCAGCGGAUUGCUUACCGCUGGGCGCAUUGCGCCUCUCUCGCGGCCAGCAAUGCGCUCAGCGGAUCGCUCACCGCUGGGGGCAUUGCCCCUCUCACUCCAGCGCUAUUCGCCCUGCGGAAUACUUGCCGCUGGGCGCAUUGCGCCUCUCUCGCGGCCAGCGCUAUGCGCUCAGCGGUGUUUGCAGGCUUCUUCGCCCCACAGCCAUUCCGCUUUGAGCCAUACGACCUACUCACCAACAUCGUCAAGGUGCGCCCACUCCCUCACUUCACUUUACUUGAACUGCCCUGCCCUUGA